AUGGCCGGACCUGUGUCUGUUGCGGCUGAAUAUCUCGCCGGCAGCAGGGCGCGCGCUGCACGCACAGUACUAGGUCAGGUGGUGCUCCCGGGUGAGGAGCUGCUCCUGCCGGAGCAGGAGGACGCGGAAGGCCCUGGCGGUGCCGGGGAGCGACCGUUGAGCCUGAAUGCUGGAGCGCGCUCGCGGGUGCGCGUUGUAUGCGGCCCGGGCUUGCGGCGCUGUGGGGACCGCCUGCUGGUCACCAAGUGCGGCCGCCUCCGUCACAAGGAGCCUGGCAGUGGCAGCGGCGGCGGUGUUUACUGGGUGGACUCUCAGCAGAAGCGGUAUGUUCCAGUGAAAGGAGACCAUGUGAUUGGCAUAGUGACAGCUAAAUCUGGAGAUAUAUUCAAAGUUGAUGUUGGAGGGAGUGAGCCAGCUUCUUUGUCUUACUUGUCAUUUGAAGGUGCAACUAAAAGAAACAGACCAAAUGUGCAGGUUGGAGAUCUCAUCUAUGGCCAAUUUGUGGUUGCUAAUAAAGACAUGGAACCAGAGAUGGUCUGUAUUGACAGCUGUGGACGAGCCAAUGGAAUGGGUGUCAUUGGACAGGAUGGUCUGCUUUUUAAAGUGACUCUGGGCUUAAUUAGAAAGCUAUUAGCUCCAGACUGUGAAAUCAUACAGGAAGUGGGAAAACUCUAUCCACUGGAGAUAGUAUUUGGAAUGAAUGGAAGAAUAUGGGUUAAGGCAAAAACCAUCCAGCAGACUUUAAUUUUGGCAAACAUUUUAGAAGCUUGUGAACACAUGACGUCAGAUCAAAGAAAACAGAUCUUCUCCAGAUUGGCAGAAAGUUGAUAGAGGUGGACUUUUUUACAGAUUCUUUACAACAGCCACCUUGGAACUUAGUAAUCCAGUGUAGGAAAUCAAACACUUUCCUAGUUUACUAAGGAAUCCCAGAAGCUGGAGUUGGCCAUAUUCUUUGUGAAAGCUGCACCCUUCUGGGCCUCCCUCAUGCAAGCAGGAAUUCCAGUGGAUGUUCUACCUUCUUUGACAUGUGGUGGGUCAUACUCAAAUCGAUACACAGUCUUGGUCCUGAGUGUUUGGCUUCCAAAAGUUUCUCUUUGGUUAGAGCUCUCAGGAAACGUUUGCUGUGCUGGGGGCAGAUGCCUAAAGCAGAAAGAUCAGAAAGAAAUAAAAGUGGAAAACCAGAGGAAUAAUACUAUGUAAGAAACAAAUCUCCCUAGCCAGGUGAGUUUUGUUUUUGUUUUUGUUUUUGUUUGCAUAUAAAGAGAAACUUGAUAGUGGUAUAAGGUAUUCGUUCAUUAGGAGAUUUACACGUAGCAGAGCGGGGAGGAGUAUGGGCUCUGGAGCACACAGCAGGGUUUAAAUCCAAGUUCAGUUUGUUCACUGAUUAGCUAAAUUAUCUUGGGCAUAAUUAUGUUACUUAAUUUCCUGAAGCCUCAGUCUCUUCACCUACAAAAUGGGAAUGAUAAUAAUAGCUCCUCUCCACUGAGGUAAUCCAUAUAAAAUUCUUAGAACUGAACCUAGCACAGAGUACUGAAUAAAUGAUACUGUUGCUGGUAUCAUUCCAUCUAUUCUGAGCUUAUAAACACAUACGCUAAUUAGACAGCCUAUAUUUGAAAAGCAACCUUAAAUUUUGCUUUU